AAACUGGGCCUCACGCCAAUGGUGUACUACGAUGGGGACCUACGCGGAGAAUUCGCGGACAUAGUGCGAUUCCUACUCCACCGUUUUGCGUAUCGGUUCACAGAUUCGGGACGCUUUUCGAUCCCUCCUGAUGCAUUGUUAAGGACUGGACCACUCACUCUAGUGCAAUUGACUUGUCGAGUCACGUGUUCUAGAGCGGGAGGAGUCUUUGUUUACACAUAAAAAGAGCGAUUGAAAAUUUUCAUUUGUGCAUAACCUGGAGUGUUGAGAAAAAAUAACCACUUGUUUCACGAACUACUGAUCGUGGUGUUCCAACAACAUCGCAAAGAGAAUUUUCAUCUCAAAGGCGUCUAAUGCCGGACUCGAAUGGCCUCCGUGGUUUGUUAUUGCCGAAGCAACGGGAUGCGUACCUCACACUACAGAUGUUCGCCGAUGCCGCCGCACUGCCCGAGCCACCUCCCCCACCGCCUGCAGACGCACUCCAACUCCAACUUUUGACCGAGGUGAACGUAGCAGAGCAUUUAGCCGAGCAACAAGUGCGUCGGGACAAAGAAGGACCAUCUGCACGUCUAGACGGAACAUCAAACACAACAAGCGCUGGAGCAACUGGGAAC